UAAUGCAUUCGAUCAUUAGCACACAUAGACAUUGCUUUAAAAAUUGUGUACGCUAGUUGCUUUGCUUUGAGCUAGAAUUUAAGUUUUUGGGGUUUAUAUACCUCGUUUGCGUGCGGAAUUGACUGGAUUAAGUGAAAAUUGUUUGUGUUUAUUGUAAUUGGUAGCAGUUUCAAUCAGGAUGGGGAUAAAUUCGGUUUAUUUAUUCAUUUUUGGGGUUGUGUUUAUAAGCUUCGCCGUGCAAAUGGGAUUUGCGAUAAAAUGUUGGGAGUGUCGAUCGGACUCCGAUCCGAAAUGUUCCGACCCAUUCGACAAUAGUACACUGUCUAUAACGGACUGCAGGCAGGUUGAACCUAAGGAGCAUCUACCGGGAGUUAGAGCCACCAUGUGUCGUAAAAUUCGCCAAAAAGUUCAUGGCGAAUGGCGUUACUUCCGGAGCUGUGCAUUUAUGGGUGAACCCGGAAUAGAGGGAGACGAACGAUUUUGUCUGAUGCGAAGUGGAACCUAUAAUAUUUUCAUGGAAUAUUGCACGUGCAACAGCAAGGAUGGCUGCAACAGUGCUGCACAGUACACACCUCAUCUUCUAUACAUCCUCGGGGUUUCAAUACUCAGUUUCAUUUUUAAUUGUUUAUUUUAAGAAUGUAUUUUAAUCUCUACCGCUCGAAAUCAGAUAAGUAUUAACUGAUCUGAUUAGUAACAACAUAAGAGUUACUAAGACUAUCACAAUGAUAAAGUAAUACCUCUGUGCUUUACUGGAACUUUCCAUUACUAUGUGCCUUUCCACUGAAUAAUGUUUUAGCUGUAUGUUUUAUAUCUAAUUUAAACGUUUUGUGGAGCAGGAGAAAAAAUAAUUUAGCCUUAAGCAUAAUUUACAAGAAACUAUUCCGUCCCAAAACGAGUUUAGAUUUUUAAAUAAAUAUAAAUUUGCAUUUUAUUUUCAAGUACAAUAGAACUGUAAAUAUGUACUGUAGAGCAUUUUUAAAAGUGCUUAAUAAAGAUAGUUUUUUCAUACACA